GGUUAAGGAUGACGACUAUGAGAGCAAUCUGCAGAAGGCAAUGACUAAUGUGUUCUCCGGUAUUGAUGCAAAGUUGGAACAGUCAGAUGAUUGGAGGAUGAUAAGUAAUCCUCCCGGGAUUAGAAAUCUGAUAAGGCGUCUCAGGAUUGGUGGUUGUACUGUUAAGCGGUGGUUGUUGAAGGAACCUUAUCUUGGGCCACUACAGGAAGGAUGCACCACAUGCAUUGCUCUCAUCAGAGGCAACCGGAUCACUGUAGCAAACAUUGGUGAUUCCCGUUGUGUACUCUCAUGGAAUUGUGAACCACCAAGGAAUGUUCAGGCUCUUGAUCUAUCCACCCAACACAAACCUGAUGCCAAACAUGAAAAACAAAGGAUUUUAAAGGCAGGAGGGAAGGUAAGUGAGGAUGAUGAUGGUGGGUCAAAGUUGGGCAUCCAUGGCGCCGAGGGAACAUUACCCACCUCCAGAUCUUUCGGUGAUUACCAAUUCAAGCAGAAUAAACAUUUGCCUCGUGAAGAACAAAUGGUGAUAUGUGUUCCGGACAUAUAUGAAGAGGUGAUUUCUGAUACCAUGGAAUUUAUUGUGGUAGCAAGUUCUGGCAUCUGGUCUGUCAUGACCAGUAAGAUGGUGGUUGAAAAAGUACGCGGAGGCUUGCAAUCCGGAAAAGACCUUAAAGCCAUCUGUGAAGAGCUUCUGGAUUCAUGCCUUAGCAAGGGAUCAAAACUCAACGUGUCAGUGAUAUUGGUCCAGUUCAAUUUGAACCAGGCUGCUCCACAAGUGCAAGCUCCUGCCUAUGUAGGCAAUGACAUAGUGGAAGUUCCUGCCUCCCAUGUCGGUGACCAAGCAUCUGGUGUUGGCGGUCAACCUGUUGAACCUGCUGAAGGCAGCAUGGCCGUCAACACCGAGAACAACGGCGAAGGGCUGGGGCUGGCAAAGAAGAAACAUUUAGGAUGCUUUUCUGUCGACGGCAGGGGAUCUCGCAGAGGCAAAUCUCCCACAAGAUAUUUCAAGGGACUCAACAGUUUCUGGGGUCUGUUCAAGAAAGGGAAAUGUGCCAGCCCGAAUGCGGCCAUGAAAGAAGAAGUUCACGUCUCUCGGAAAAAGGAUGCAAGCGGCCAAGUUUAGAGAGUGUCUACUGAGUUCCUGGCAGUCGGCCAGUGCAUGCGUGGGGGUGUUUGUGUUUUAAGUUGGAAAAAAAUACCUUCCCUAUCAACCGACUUCUCACUGGAAAAACCAAUCGCUCCCAACUCAUUCAGAUGAAAAACGCUUCGCGCGAUUGACCA